AUGAGGAAAGCAAAAUGCCCCUUUUUCUCUGACUUUGUCAAAGAAAACAGCAAUAACCAAGGGACUCUUUUCAAAGCUAUUAAAGGAAUGCUAGUGGAAAAAAAAGCAAAAGGUUUCCCCCGACGUAAUGAAACAGCUCUCGUUAACGAACUUGGCAAAUAUUUUGUUCAGAAAAUCUCUAAUAUCCACUCUGAGAUAAAUAACGAGAUUUCUUCAAAUAAUGAUGGUCACGUAGAUCCUCCAUGGCCAAGUGAUGACAACGAGGAGUAUCCGGGUGAUGGAUCGCGUUUUGAUGCGUUUGAGCUCUUGUCUGAGGAUGAUGUUAGAAAACUUGUUGUGGACUCACACAAAAAAUCCUGUUAG